AUGUCGUUUAACGUUGCAGGUUCCUCAACCAGAGUUCCAUCUAAUCUUCCUUUAUCCGAUCUUCCUCUUCCGACAGUCGAGGAAGUGAAAGGAUUUAAUGUCGAACAACUUAAUGGAUUUUUGAAAAGGAAGUUAAAAAACAUUGAUAGUCACAUAGAUACCUUGACAGCGCAAGAGGUCGACGGUGAAGCAUUUCUCACUUUAACGCAUGAAGGUCUUAAAGUUUCUGGGAUACCUCUUGGAGCUUCAACAAAAAUCAUAAAGUUGCUUAAUGACAUUCAAGGAGAACAAUAUAUCCAGGAAAAUAAGUUUUUGAAAUAUGAGAAUUUCCUUCUGAAGUUAGGAAAUAAACAAAAUUCUGCCUCUGUGUACAGAUUUGUGAGAGAAGAAGGAGAAUUUAAAGUUUGGGAAAUCGAGGAGGAUCCUAAUAUAAUUCCACAAAAGGGAAUUGGCCAAGAUGUAUUUAAUAACCACCCUGAAGCUCCUGCUCAAGGAUCAAGUGAAGUUAGUAUAACCCAACGAUUUUGUAAGAAUGUUGUGAGUGAAAUCAAUGAUAGCGUAAAUUCGAUGAAAUCAGUUAAUUUACGUGUAUAUAGAGAUAUUGGCGCCAGGGAGAAAGAUCAAGUUUACGCUGAUAUAAUAAUUGGCUCUACCGAAUUCCACAAAGAAUUGACAGAUAACCCACCUGAUUUAUCAAGGGGUUUGGGUUGGGAAGUCAAGAGUAAUUUUAAUGAAGGUUCAAAAGUAAGCGAAGGGAAAGGUCAACUAAUAAAGUAUGCCAGGUUAUACCUUUCAGCGAGUCCACGUCUAACAAACGUUUUCUACGGAUGUUUAACCGAUGGGGAGAUUUGGCAAUUUGUUAAAAUCCAGCUUAUGUUGGAUGAUAUUGAUGAACUAAAAGUGAUAUUUGAGGAAAGUCUCACUUAUGAAUGGAGUGAGAAGACAGCCUCACUUAUCGCCGGCAUAAUUGAGCGUUAUCAUGAUGACCUGUCUAUGAGAGCUUCCGGCGAAAAAAAAGAACCUCAAAAUAAUGAUGAAACGUAUAUGUAUAGGAAUAAGUCAUCAAUUUCUACUGAAAGUCUUUUGGCUUCUUUCAUCGAAGAGGGUAUCUAUAUCAGAUUACACUCUGAAAAUCACAUCCAUGUGCAGAUUAUAUCUCACCUUGAAAAUGGAAGAAGGUGUAUAGUUUUUUUGGCACAAGUACGUGAUUAUGGAAUAAAGGAUGCUGUUUUGAAG